GAAACAGGCCCAGAACAGCACGAGGCAAGAAUCCUCUACGGCGGAGAGAGAGAGAGAGAGAGAGAGACCGGCGAGAAGCCCCUGUCUCCGUCGCCGUAGAACGAGCAGCAGCCUAGUCGAUGGCGUCGCCGGAUCCCGGCCGCACGCCGGCGCAAGGCGACGAAGCCGGCUCCACCUCCCCGUGGCCUCUCCGCAAGCUCCAGAGUUUCACACCAGGGCUGUGGUCGCAAUACAAAGUUUAUGAGAAUGCGGUUGUGGAGAGUACUAAAGGAACUAUUGCAGAUGCUCUGGUCCUUGUGAAAGAGCAUCAGGCGGAGGCAAUUGGAUGUGCCACUGUUGCAGGAUUCAUUCUGUUCAGAGGUCCUCGGAGAUUUUUAUACCGCAAUACCUUUGGGCGUUUCAAGACUGAGAAGGAUUUACUGAAUGAUGCUGAGGAAAGUAUGAUGGAGUACAAAACAUCUAUUGCGAACUUGAAGAAAGAAUCGAAAUACACUCUUGACAAAGUAGCUAUUGGUGAAAGUGAUCUGCAACGUGGACAAACUGAUUUGAGAUCUACUGGGAAGCAGAUCCAAUCUCUUAUAGGUUCCAUAUACAAGGCAGAAUCCACAGCUGCAGGUCUGAUGGAUAGACUAAGAACCAUUCCAACCAGGCAAUCUCUGGAGCUGCGAGCAGAGGUGGCUUCCAUGGCCUCCGAUUUGAAGAAUCAGAGAUAUGCCUUGCAGGAAAGAAUCAACAAAAUAUCUGAAUAUGGUGUCCGUGUCUGAACUGCACCGCAUAUACAUUUCCCCUGAUAUCGAUUCAUACAAUAAACUGUGAAUCCACCGUGAGAGGUGUGUUUGUUGAUUGGACAAGUGCUGUGUCUCCAGAUUCUAACCUUUUUUUGUUAGCAUUUUAAAUGCUAGGACAGACAAGAUCACUCAUCAGAAUUCAGAACCAUGAAAUUGUUCCUGUCAGUUUACUGUUGAGAUUGCUCGUUUGUGGGAAAACUUUGGAUACUCCCCAUCUAUAUGCAAUUGCAAGGAAAGCUAUGUUCCAUCA